CCCAGACACACUAUUCCCGGGUGAUGAGAGAAAACCCUGGGUCCGUCCCGAGGUACAAAGACACGAGUGCAACGCUGGCAACAGAAUCGACAGGGCGGUCGAGCGUAUCCGCGCUACGCCGAGAAAGAGGUACAUCAGCGACGACUCUGUCUUCUCACAGAUCUGCGACAAGGAGCAGGGAGUCAUGUCAAUGUAUACAUGGCCGCAGGCGCCCUCAUUCAUCUCGUUCCCGGAGAAGAAUACGAUGUCUUCUGGACAAAGACCGGAGGCUACGAGCGUAGCAUCCGCCUGCGCUUCUGGCAGAGUCUGGUCCUGGAAGACCAGCGCGCGGGUGGGAAGCACGUUCUCCGCCUCGCCAAACACAUCGACCAAGAAGCAGGAUGCGCACGCCCAGAGGUACAGUUCCCCUUCCUUUACAGUUUCACCGGUCUGGUACAGCAAGGAUACUUUAUGUCCUUCUGUUUUUGUCAAGGCUACGUGUAUGUAAGACUCUGAAUCUUUUACUUGAACUUCAUUCCUCUUCACAAUAAAACGUUCAUGUUGUACAUGUUCAUCAAACUCGAAGAAGACGCAGUUUGAAGCAGCAGCCACGCUCACAAUAGAUCACUUUCCCAGACGCCACUUCGCCCCGAAGUUUUGAGCUGCUGGCGGGUAUCAGGAAAUCGGCAUCCACUCAACUGUCUCGAAUCUCCCCUUCAAUUCCGAA